GAAAGUGUGCCGCAAAUCGCUGCUCUAGACGUGCGCCUGUCCGACGAUCCCUCAGCAGGGGAAUUGCUUAGCAGGGCGAACCUUGCCGGGCGGCUGAGGGAAUUUUCCGCUUCGGACGGGCACACGGUGGGUUUGAACGCCGCCAUGGCAGAGGCGGAAGUCGUCGAGCGAUUUCCCGCCACUGUGCAGGUGGUAGGGGCGCCAGAGCCUGUCAUCAAUCAGCACUACAAGCGAGUGACCUUAGCCCAGUUGCGACAACAUAAAAAGGUGAAGCAGCAGAUGGCCAACGGCCUGGAUGUAGCCUACAUGGGCGAAAGGCCCGACCAGAAGCGCCGUUGGCCGUACAUUUGGUUUCAACAUGACCAAAUCAAAAUCGCGAUGAUGGGAGACAACUCUUCGAGAUACUUCGCAAACCUCCAUCCCUUUGGCUUUGGGCCAACGCAGCAGUGGGUCGACGCAGAGAAUCAGUUCCUGACAGAGCUGCGGGUUUUGCCUGCGAAGGGUUCGGACACCGACUCCAGCGAGGCAUGCGAGCUGGAGUUGGAGCCGGAGAAAGAAGCGAACUGCCCUCAGCUCGAAGAGGUGCACCGUGCAGAACUCCGGGAGCAAGGCUUCACGGUGGUGGGUCCCACCGCGGCGUUUCGCUGCGCGGUGCUGGACGCGCUGCGAUUGGCCAACAUGCUCCUGGGAGCCGCGGUGAACUGGAGUUUGGGCAACUUCUCAGCACCGUGGGCGGACAAGCUGCUGGCGUCCAAUUCGGAGGGCUGCCACAACCUACGUGUCCGCCUCAACGACGAGGCCAGCGCUCCCUUUGCCAAGGUGUUGAGCUUCAUCCUGCCACUGGCCGAAGAGUUGAUGCAGGAGCCAGUGGAAGUCCCGAAUUGCUGUCAGUUGGCGUCACUGCCUCCGGACGGAGCUCCGACCAGUGACUGGACGUCGCAGGGUGACCAAACGACCACGUACCACGUGGAUGGAAGAGGGCAAUUGAAGAACAACAUCGCCCUCAUCGUUGGCGUCGCCUUGACACCACCGGAGAGGUCAUCUAGUUCAUGGGGAGCCUUCGUCUGUCAUCCUGGCAGCCACCGCAACGCGAGACUGCACCAGCAGUACACGGACCAGUACGAAGGCCGUGUGGAACCGAUGGACUUGGGAUCGCCACACAUGGUGCCAUUGGGGCAAGCGGACCUUUUGGUUGCGCAUCCCUUGUUGGCCCAUCGCCGUUCGCAGAACUGGACCGGCGGCGAGAGCUGUUUUAGUGUCGCUGCGCCGUUGUGUUUUGGCGCGCUGGCGGUGUGGGGAGAUCCAUGGAGUCACGUGUUUGCUUGGCCAUCCUGGAGAAUGAACGUCGCUUUCCUUUCGUGCACGACGGUCGGUGGACGUCACCAGUCCCAGUCGGUCGGUCGUGUUUCGGCUUCCCCGAAGCAAGGUGCCUUGAAGGCGUCCGACUGCAGCAGCAGAAGUAAAAACAACAUCCAAAGGAGUUGCAGUUGGAGGCACUGGGUCUACUACAGGCCGAUGCUGGUGGGUCAGCCCAAAGCAACUACAACCCGAGGUUUGGACCGAACCCCUUUGGUAACCGGGCGGAUUCAGGUGAGUUGAUGUGUGGUGUUCCCGAAGUGAGUAAAUCCCCUGAAACUGGUGAUGAAUAUUCUCCAAGAUCUCCAUCGUCCCCGAUUUAGCUCUGAAGAGGCGAAGGUCGUGCGCUCUAAUAUAUAUAUUGCCCAAAAACAGAACACCAAUGCCAUGUGGCGUCUCAAAACUGAUUGGCACUCAAAAAACGGUGAUCGUUUGGGGUUCCAGGUAUUAUAUAUAUAUAUAUGAUAUACAAUAGGAAGAGCAUGGGCAAAAACCGCACCAACCGAGAGGUGUCCUGGAAAAGUGGAGCAUUGACUGGCCCUUAAGAAACCGUCACUGUUACC